AUGGCGAACAAUGAUGUUGUUAUCAGGCAUGGGCGAAGUACUCCUGCAGUUCAGAGCCCACAUCAUGUUGGGUCACUGCAUGGAAGAGAUUCGAUUUUGCAACCAGGGGAUUCUAUCGAAACAAGACAGAUCCUAGCACAUGAUAGAGCUGUUCCCGAUGCAAAUGGAUCGGAUGUAAUUCAUGCCGCUGGUGAUGGGGAUCUUUUACCUGAUGAUGCUAAUGAGCACAUCCAAGGGCAGUUGGUUGAGAAUGCUAGUAUCUAUGAUGUUGCCGAUAAGCACGAUAAUAUAUAUAGCGAGACUGAAGGGGGUGAAUCAAAUUCAAGGCAAGGUGGUGGCCCUGAUGAAGAUCAAGAUGAUAGUGGCCCUGACAUCCGUAAUAAACAGCUGGUUAUUUCUCCGCAAGAGGAUGAGCUAAUUGAUUCACCAAAAGGUAAUGGUUUGGCUGUUGUGGAGAGCCGUCAUAUUGAUGAAAAUCUACAGUUUAUUGAUGAUGGGAAUCAUGGUUCACCCCAGCCUGGCGAGCACUCUCAGCUUGUUUUCACUUCACCUAUUCUACAGUCUCGAGCAGAAAUAGUUCCUCCAACGCAUGAGUUAACUGUUGGUCAAGAGUUUGCAGAUGUUCAAAGUUGUCGGCGGGCAUUGAGGGAUGUGGCAAUUGCUCUUCAUUUUGAGAUACAGACGAUCAAAUCCGAUAAAACUCGGUUCACUGCCAAAUGUGCUAGUGAUGGAUGCCCGUGGCGCAUACAUGCUGCGAAGCUCCCGGGUGUUCCUACAUUCAGCAUCCGGACUAUUCACAAGGAACAUACAUGUGGUGGUAUUGCUCAUCUUGGUCAUCAGCAAGCCUCAGUGCAGUGGGUUGCCAAUUCUGUUGAACGUCGUCUUCGGGAAAAUCCUCAAUGCAAGCCAAAAGAGAUACUGGAGGAGAUCCAUCGAGUCCAUGGGAUUACUUUGUCAUACAAGCAAGCAUGGAGGGGUAAAGAAAGGAUUAUGGCUACUCUCCGUGGUUCAUUUGAAGAAGACUUUCGCCUUCUUCCUCAAUAUUGUGAUCAAAUUAAACGCACAAAUCCGGGAAGUAUCGCAGGGGUUUAUGUCAAUCAACCUGAUAAUUCCUUCCAUCGCCUGUUUAUCUCAUUUCAAGCAUCUAUUUUUGGGUUUCUUAAUGCAUGUCGGCCAUUGAUAGGGCUCGAUCGGACAGUCCUGAAGAAUAAAUACUUAGGGACCAUGCUGUUAGCAACAAGUUUUGAUGGAGAUGGUGCACUAUUUCCUUUGGCAUUUGCAGUUGUUGAUGAGGAAAAUGAUGACAACUGGAUGUGGUUUCUAUCUGAGCUGCAUUGUCUUCUCGAAAAUAACACAGAGAAUAUGCCGAUCCUUACUAUAUUAUCCGAUCGAAAAAAAGGCAUCACAGAGGCUGUAGAAGCAAAUUUCCCCACUGCUUUUCAUGGUUUCUGUUUACGGCAUCUAACUGAGAGUUUCCAGAAGGAGUUCAAUAAUCCUGUGCUUGUCAACAUGCUGUUGGAAGCUGCUAAUGCUCUCACUGCAAAUGAGUUUGAAAGCCGACUCCAACAAAUCGAUGAGACAUCACAGGAAGCAGGCUAUUGGAUACGGCGAGUUCCCCCUCGUUUAUGGGCCACUGCACAUUUCGAAGGAAAACGUUUUGGUCAGCUCACAGCUAAUGUAGCCGAAUCACUAAAUCCUUGGUUGCUUGAAGCUUCUGCACUUCCUCUAAUCCAGAUGAUGGAGUGCAUUCGCCGACAAUUGAUGACUUGGUUCAAUGAAAGGCGUGAAGCCAGUAUUGAAUGGACAUCUGUACUUGUUCCCUCUGCUGAAAGGCGCGUUUCAGAAGCUAUUGAAAAGGCAAGGGCUUUUCACGUGCUCCGGGGCAGUGAGGCUGAUUUCCAAGUAAUAUCACUCGAGGGUAACAACACUGUGGAUAUCAGGAAUCGUCAUUGCACUUGUGGAGCCUGGCAGCUCCAAGGUCUGCCCUGUGCUCAUGCUGUGGCAGCACUUCUUUCUUGUAGGCAGAAUGUUCAUCGGUUUACUGAGAGUUGUUUCACCAUUGCAUCAUAUCGCAAGGCCUACUCUCAAACAAUACACCCCAUUCCUGAUAGGACCCUGUGGAAGGAGAUGGAAGGUGAUACACAAACUGAUGACAACAGUUUGCAUAUGAUUGUUAACCCUCCAAAGUCGCUCCGACCACCAGGGCAACCUAGGAAAAGGCGAGCUCGUUCAGAUGAACAGGGUCGUGUCAAGCGAGUGGUGCAUUGUAGUCGUUGUAACCAGACUGGACAUUUUAGAACUACCUGUUCAGCACCCAUUUGA